AUGGUCGCCAAAACAACCUCAAACGGACACAAAGCUCCGGUCGCGUACCCACGUGGAGUCCAUGUGCCAUCGUUGACCUUCUUUCAAAACGAUGAGCGGCAAGAAAUUGAUUGGGAUGUCCAGCUGAAGCACUUCCGUUUCCUCAUUGCCGGCGGUGUGCACGGAGUCGUUAUUGCGGGAACGAAUGGAGAAGCAGCCACCUUGACGGGUGACGAGAAAGCCCGACUUGUCAGCUCCUUGCGCAAGGUCUCCGACAGCAUCCAAGGCCAGCAAAGCCUGCCGAUCACUGUUGGCUGCAACGGCGGUUCGACGAGAGAUGUGGUCGAUGACACGAUGGCAAUGCAUCAGGCUGGUGCGGAUUAUGCAUUGGUGUUGGUACCAAGCUACUUCCAUUUUGCGAUGAACCAGGAUGCGAUCGUUGCGUUCUUCACGGAGGUGGCCGACAAGAGUCCACUUCCAGUCUGCAUCUACAACUUCCCGAACGUGGUGGCCGGUCUCGACGUCAAUUCGGAGAUGCUCGCAAUCCUAGGGAAGCACCCAAACAUUGCAGCUGUCAAGUUGACAUGCGGCGGCAUUGCCAAAGUUGCCCGCGUUGCGGCGGACUUCCCACCAGAGGAGUUUGCUGCUUUAGCUGGCCAGUCUGACUGGCUGAUUCCUUGCCUUGCCACCGGAGGCCAAGGUUGUAUUACCGGGCUUGCAAACCUGUAUCCGAAAACAUGCGUAGAGCUGUACGACCUUUGGACUCAUGGCAAACGGGCUGAGGCGGAAGAUCUCCAGCUUGAGCUCGCUAAAGUAGAGUGGGGCUUCGCAAAGGGUGGGAUCAACGGUACAAAAUGGAUCGUAGCGAGAAUGCUUGGGUAUCCAGAGUCCAGCGCAGCCUGCAGGAGGCCAUAUCCCGCGUUCGAGGAUGAGGCUCGGCAGCUGUGGAUCGAGAGAACAAUGGCGCCGCUUGUUGCGGUCGAGAAGCGCCUUUCGUUAGCGGCAAAGAGUCGAGGAGAUGAAUCGGCGUUGCUGAAGCGUUCGUUGCACGUUCUAGAUUAG